GGGAUUGCGUUCCUUUCUUCACGCAGAACAAGAAAGAGAGUCGUGGUGGUGAAGUGUUGAGAGGAGAGGUACCAGGGAGCCUCGCCAUCGCCAUCGCCAUCCCCCAUCCCCAUCGCGAUUUCAUCGUCCCGUCGCAGCAAAUGCCGCCGCCGUGCCCGACCCUCUGCCGCCUCCCCGCGACUAACCUCGGCCUCCCUUGGUGCCCCCGGUCCAUACCUCUCCCUCGCCUCGCUCUCGCCGCGCGCCGCGCCAGGGCCGUCGCUGCCAGGGCCUCGUCAUCCUCUUCCUCGCCGGACUCCUCCUUCGGCUCGCGGAUGGAGGACUCUGUCAAGAAGACGCUCGCCGACAACGCCGUCGUCAUCUACUCCAAGUCGUGGUGCUCGUACUCAAUGGAGGUCAAGGGUCUCUUCAAGCGGAUUGGCGUGGAUCCACAUGUCAUCGAGCUCGACCAGCUCGGUGCUCAGGGACCACAACUGCAAAAGGUGUUAGAGAGGUUAACUGGACAGUCCACCGUCCCUAAUGUUUUCAUUGGUGGAAAGCACAUUGGAGGCUGUACAGAUGCGGAUUGGGCCGGGAGUCCUGGCGACAGGCGAUCCACAGGGGGAUAUGCAGUCUUUGUUGGUCCUAAUUUGAUCGCCUGGAAUGCUCGCAAACAGUCUACGGUGUCUCGCAGUAGUACUGAAGCUGAGUAUAAGGCGGUUGCCAAUGCCACUGCUGAGAUCAUAUGGAUACAGUGAAACUUUAUCGCAAAGGGGAGCUAGCAACAAUGCUGACGGAACUGGACAUCAAAGUGAAUCAUCAUGACAAGAUUGAGCAUGACUAGAUUUCUGAAGUACCGGAGCAGUCUGGGUUUAUUGGUUUGAGACGUUACUAGCAAGUUAAUUUUUUGUCGCGUAUAUCUGUUGCUGAAACUGUAAAGGAAGAAAACCCUCUGAAUUCGACAAAAAAUCCGAGUUGGUGUAGUGUUAUCGCGAAUCUGAGUUCCUAUACUGUCAAAGUGUCAAUGCAUAUUUUGAUUUGAUUUCUACACUGAAAUGCAAUAACAUGAUCGUGUGAAAA